GAAUGGUUGCGAGUCAGCUGAUGUAUCAUGCUGGGAGCUUGUUGCCAGGGCUGAACAUGUUCGGCUCCACGAGACCAAAGCCCAUCUCAGUUCCAGAUCUGGUGUGCCAGCACUUGGACGGGCAAGCACGUGUGUCCGCAUUGAUGUACAAGGACUCCGCACACGGGAACAAAAUUGGAGGAGCGCUGGCUAUGAUGAAGGAUCUGCAAGCACAGAGAAGAAGAGCUAUCUUGGAGGGAUGCCCGCUACCUAGGAUAUAACUUUGGCAUUUGCUAUACAAACAAACCAGCUAGCUAAACGGCGCGACUGGACUUGUUGAUGUCCUCACGACAUAGGGAAUUUUCCAUCUUUCCCUGUUCUUGAAGAGAGUCGACCAGCAUCGUUCCAUCAUUUCACAAUGAAUUCGAUUUCUCCACA